UCGUACGCGAGAGACAAGGAGGAACGUCAACAUUUACGUCAAAACCUGGUUUUCUCAUACAAUAGUACAAUACAGUUUUACGACGAUUUAUGUUUCCCACGUCAGUACGACGAGUCGAGUGAGUAGUGACGUGAAGCAUAAAGAGAAGGAUUUGAGUCGCAUGUGUGCGACAUUUGUGAAUCGUGUGAGGUGCGAAUAAAGAGUAGAAGAGCGCGUCCUUUUAAUUCGUUAUCGUCUGCACGGUGAGUGUCCCGUUCAAGAGACGCGGAUGUCUGCGAUGUUGCGUAAAAUACCGCCUUCGUCGCGGAACGUCGGAUGAAAGAGAACUAACGGGCCUGAGGCUGAAGAUCGCCAAAAGUAGUGCUUUCCUCAACGAAGAAGGCGCCUUACCUCCAGGAAACCGAACGUGGAAGAUUUUAGGCACGUAAAACGACCUUCGGGCAUUUCCAAUAGUCGACGACAGCUUGAGAAGAAAUGACUAGUGAAGUACCAGUGGAUCCUGCAUCUGUUUCUUCAUUAAUUAAUAUCACUACAAUGGGAAAUAUACCACAUGUCAUUGUCGAUGAUUCUAAGGAAGAAGUGACACCUAUAUUUCUCCAAACGCAAGCAGCAAAAGGUAUUGCAGGUGCCUUUGUAUGGGUUGCUCUAUUUAUUAGCUGUCAACAGAUUUAUCAACACUUAAGGUGGUACACAAAUACUGCCGAGCAACGAUGGAUAGUAAGGAUACUGUUUAUAGUGCCCAUAUAUGCAACAUAUUCUUGGAUAUCUCUUUUAUUCUUUAAUAAUGAGAGCUACUAUGUGUAUUUCUUUACGGUGCGUGACUGUUAUGAAGCAUUUGUCAUUUAUAAUUUUUUAUCAUUGUGCUAUGAAUAUCUGGGCGGUGAAGGUAAUAUCAUGUCAGAAAUAAGAGGGAAGCCCAUACGUUCAAGCUGCAUUUAUGGAACUUAUUGUUUGGCUGGAAAGACCUACACCAUCGGCUUCUUAAGAUUCUGCAAGCAAGCCACAUUGCAAUUUUGUUUGGUUAAACCAUUGAUGGCAUUUGUCAUUAUAUUUUUGCAAGCCUUUGGACACUAUAGAGAUGGCGAUUGGUCUCCUGAUGGUGGAUACGUUUAUAUAACGUGCAUUUACAACAUCAGCGUCACUUUGGCGCUAUAUGGACUGUUUUUAUUUUACUUUGCUACAAAAGAUCUUCUUACUCCAUUUGAUCCAGUUCUCAAGUUCUGUACCGUUAAGAGUGUUAUUUUCCUGUCCUUUUGGCAAGGUGUUUUACUAGCUGUUCUGGAGAAGGCGAACGUGAUCUCACCGGUGAUUAAUAGCCGGGGCCAGUCGACGAGUGCGGGCACAGUGUCCGCCGGCUAUCAAAACUUCCUGAUCUGCAUCGAGAUGCUGUUCGCUGCAAUAGCAUUGCGUUACGCCUUUCCUUAUCAAGUUUAUUCGGCUGGCUGUACGACAGAUUCUCGGGGCCGAAGUGUCACCAUGCAGAGCAUCAGUAGCAGUCUUAAGGAAACUAUGAAUCCUAAAGAUAUUAUGACCGACGCUAUUCACAAUUUUCACCCACAAUACCAACAGUAUACACAGUACAGUUCUGGAGGCGGUGCUAAAAGCCAACGAGGCAUGCGGGUCUCCAGUUUCGAUCCGGACGAUCCGCAAAAUAUGCCAGUGCCACCGCCGCAGCGUCGCAACGUGUCACAUCAGCGCGUCGCUACCAUAUCCCAGAACUACAACGAGAAGACGAUGUUAUUGAGCAGCGACGACGAGUUCCAGUAGACGCAGUCGACGUGUUAACGGAAACCUUUAAUGAGCAUUGCGUGAAGGUAGAGUAGUUUGUUUGACGAGCCUUUAAAAACGAGCACGCGACGCGUGUACAAGAGAACUCCUGUCCAAGGAGACGAUUUUGUUUUUUAGCAUUGAGGCUUUGUAAUUGCAC